GGACGACUUCGAUUCCAGCCAAUCAGGAACCGACCCUACCAAUUUCUCUGCCCACAGAAUCCAGCUUCGAUCAAUCGCCUUGGGAAAUUUUGGCGUUUCGCAUCCCUCUCCGGCCAGCCAGCGACCAACUCGACAACCCAUCGUCAACACACCGCCACACCAACAGUAACCAUGGGUCGUCUUCACAGCAAAGGCAAGGGCAUUUCGUCCUCGGCUAUCCCUUACUCGCGCAACCCGCCCGCGUGGCUCAAGACCACCCCGGAGCAGGUCGUCGACCAGAUCUGCAAGCUCGCCAAGAAGGGCGCGACCCCCUCGCAGAUUGGUGUCGUUCUCCGUGACUCGCACGGCAUUGCCCAAGUCAAGGUCGUCACCGGUAACAAGAUCCUCCGGAUCCUGAAGAGCAACGGCCUUGCCCCCGAUAUUCCGGAGGACCUGUACAUGCUUAUCAAGAAGGCCGUUGCCGUCCGCAAGCACCUGGAGCGUAACCGCAAGGAUAAGGACUCCAAGUUCCGCCUGAUCCUCAUCGAGUCCCGCAUCCACCGUCUGGCCCGCUACUACAAGACUGUCGGUGUCCUCCCGCCGACCUGGAAGUACGAGUCGUCGACCGCCAGCACCAUCGUUGCCUAAGCGGGAGGCUGUGAUGCACACGCCGAGUCGAGAAGGGGUCGUCUAUGAGAACGGAAUGGAACGGUUACUGGUUCUUUGCAGCUUUUGGCCCGCCUCCUGUGUAGUCGUCCGCAGGUCCGGCUUGGGUCAAUUGGAGUUGGGGAAUGGAAAUGAAAUUUGCAUUAUAGAGUAAUGCAAUAGGCGCAGGGUAUUGCUGUCUCCCGGGCGUGAAAAGCAUGGGAUGAUGAGCGACGAUGACGGAGGAUACAUAUGCAAUGCAUUGCCUCAGCUUUUCAGUGAUCAAACGCUACCUUGCAAACAUGAUUAUGCAAUCCUCACUCUGCCCUCGCCUAGAUGAUUUUCACCUUUCCGUACGCCGACGACGUCUUUAGAAUCUUCUGUCGUGAUUAUCUCCUCCCAAUCAUACCGUC